CGGUGGUGGGCCUUGCUGCCCUUACGACACACCGACCGUUAGCGCAUUUCUGCGCAUCUCUCUUUGACAACGUCCGGCCGACGCCGACUUACAUUAUUGUAACGGGCUGAAACUUAUCUGUUCCAGUCUACACUAAAAUUCUCCAACACACCAUCAUAGCAGUAUAGCAAUGGCAAGGUCUCGCCACUUUGCCAUAGCACUGGGCACUAUCGCCUUAUUGGCAACGGCGGCAACGCUAGCCCUAGAGGCUAUCAUAGCUUAUGGAUCCUGGGCCAUAGACUCAUCUGUCAAGACUGCUGCAGUCGUCGCUUCAGCAUGGCAAAGUCUAAUGCUUAUCCUGUUGACAACCUUUCUUUCUAGAUGUUUUAAACGAACCACUGAAUACGGCCAAAGGAAAGCGAAUGGUGUCUGGUUUGCGCUGGGACUCAUUGCGAGUUUGCUGGCGUCUACUGCGUCAGUUGUCAUGUUGGUUUUGAUGAGGAAAAAGGAGGAGCUACUAAACAAAAUUCUUCAAAUCCCAUCGUCAACCUUUCUUGUUGGAUCCGCUAUUGCUCUCGUUUGCGCCUUUUUGGGACAGUUAAUUUUCAUCGUUGUCUUCUUUGUCACUCAUCGAUUGCCCGACUCGGAGCAAGCCUUGUCUCUUCACACCAAUGAGGAUAGCCCCCGAUUUCCGCCAGUAUUUGGAAAAGUCAAAUCCAUCCCUUAUACUCGAACGGCACCCCCGGCCGAACCCAAGAGCAACCAACCUUCAUUGCUGGAUUAUUCGAGUAGGCCAGGGUCGAAUAGUGGUCAUUCAAUGGCGGAGACCAUGAGCUCUAUUCGGACGUCUAUAUCUCAUGUGGUUCGCCCAGCGGGGUCCAGAACCAGGUUAUUGCCUAGUACUCCAAAGUCUGGAUCUGGAUUAAGGUCUGGGUCAAUCGAUUCGAAUGGUUAUAGGGAGCGGUCGAGUGUAACGGAGGAAGGGUUCGACUCCUGGGAUACCUCAUCGGUUGACCCUCAAAACCGACAGAUUGUUGCAGACAGCAGUCCGCCCAGCCGGGCUCGCUUUUUGGAGACUAUACCUGCUAGCCCGACAACGAGUAGAAGUCCGAGUCCUGGAUGUCCCUUGGACCUUGAUCCCCCAAGACUUAACAGGAGGAGUCGAAGCUACAGUCCACUACCCAAGGCUCACCACGAACGCAGCGUAACACCACAAUUGACACCAAGCGAGUUGCACAUUCAUCCACUUUUCCGAUCUGAUUCUCCUGUGCCACCGCCAGCAGCCACUCCUGGGACCGUGGUCAUCGCAGCGCCUAAUGCAGGGACAAUAAUUUCAGAGAGAUCUCUCACCCGGAUGCGGAGCGGUAGUUUGCCUACCGGACCAGGUCCUCUGAGUCGGCAAGCAAGUUACGACAGUUUCCGGAAGACACCGAGUCCUAAUACAGACCGCCUUCGUGCGGAAGAUCUAGCCGCAGAGAGGAAGAUGACACCUCCUAUUCCUGACUGGAUUCUGAAUUCUGGAUCCAAGACAAGUUUGGCCGAAACUCCGACCCAAGGAGUGCGAGAUGGGGAGGCGGCGAAAGACCUCGGUAACAUCAACUGACGAGGCACUACACUACACUACACUACGAAUAAUGAUAAAAUAUGACUCUUGAUGGAUCAGGCCGCUGUUUCUGGGGGACCUCUGGACGUGAAAUCGGAUUUGGGGGUACUAGAAAGAUACCAUUGUUAUUUAGCGCGGCGUUGAAUCACAGUCUGAACCUCGUAUAGAGGCUCUAUCAUUCUCUAUCGUUCUCUCGUCAUUCCCGUUCAUUUUCUUGUCAUCUUCUCCCAAUGGACACGAUAGGGGAGAAGAAAGAUAUGACAUGAAAUGGGACGAACCGAGUAAAAUAUUCAAAUAAAUAGUAAAAUAAAUCUAAAAAAAUCAUCCAAUGUUAGCGAUACAAGUUUUAGGUGAGGCUGAAGCAAGGGGAUAAUGCUCACAUGCUAUGUAUAAGUAGGUAAGGAGUACGUAGGGACUUCAUUGUAUCAUCAAGUAUCUUGACUUAAGAAGAAGCGAGAGGAAAAAGAAGAUCAACUGAUACAUCAAUGUAUGUAUGUAUGUAUAUGCAGAUGCAGGUGUAGUAUUGUUCACGUCGUUGCCAGCAAAGAGUUUGAGGUUCCAUCCAAUUUUAAGUUAACCCCACCACCAUGUAGCACAGUUACCACUGGGCAGUAGACCCCGCAUUUGAUCAGUACCUACUACAUAAUGUAGUAACUAUUCGUACAUACUACAUACAUAUACUUA